GUGAACAGGCUCGGGUGUGCUCGCCAUCGUGUGCUCUGUAGAUCAUUUAUUGAGUGUUGAACGUUGCGGUCUGUUAUUCAGUACAAUGUUUCCGUUUACAAUACAUUCAAGAUUUUAUACAAAGCUUCUGAUAUCGACCGUGCUGCAGCUGGCCGUACUUCACAGCUCCUUCUCACAGAUCGUGUUUCCUGGACAGGAUAGCAGCAGCAGCAGCAGCAGCAGCAGCAGUAGCAGUAGAAUUAACAGCGGUUCGCCUUCAGACGCCAACAACACAAUUCUGUCACUCGAUGACACCUUAGCCGGUGCUGUGAACCACGACAGACUUAAUCGCAACUCGGCCGCAUUUUACCGCGGCUUGAGUGAUAAAUUCUUACCGCGAUGCUCGUUUCCUACGGGAGGACAAGGCCAGUGCGUUAGGUUAUUUCAGUGCCCUUACAUGAUCCCAUUUGUGAGCCGCCUCCGCGACCCGCAAACUUUCAACUUCGUCAGACAACACAUCUGCAGCGUCAUCGGCCGCACUGUAUUUCUGUGCUGCCCCAAUCAGGCUUCCCCUCUCCCAACUUUUGGAGUCAAUGCUUCCCCAGGACAGACGUUCCCAUCUCUACCAAGUUCUGCGGUGUCAGUCCAGCCUGUGGGACUUAUACAGCCUGCGAUCCCUUUCCAACCAGCGGUACCUCUACAGCCUGCGGGACCUUUGACUCCCCAGUCCGUCCUCUCGUUUCCAUCAUUAAGCUCGACUACCUCGUUAGGCUCAACCAGCAGUGGAGGGUUUAAUUCAGGUCAAAGUUUCAAUCGCCCUGGUUCAACAAACAGCGGAGGAUUUAUAUCAGGACAAAGUUCAAGUGACCCCAUAAGAUUAACUUCGACUGGUGUGGCAAACUCUUUUAAUGGAGCUGAUUUAAGCGUAGGGGACUGCGGGAGAUCUAACGUACCAUUCAUCGUAGGCGGCCGAAGCACAGCACCGGGCUCGUACCCCUGGCUAGCAGCUGUGGGUGCGCCGGCACGAGACGGCGUCCGCUUCAUCGUUGCGUGUGGGGGCUCGCUGAUCACCGCGCAAUACGUCAUCUCAGCAGCACACUGCUUCACUGAACUGCCUUUAACACACGUGCGGCUUGGAGAACACGACAUAACUUCCAACAGAGAUGGCGUGCAGCCUCAGGACUUCCGUAUCCUGCGGCACAUCAAUCCUGGCUACAACACAGCCACCAAACUCAACGACAUUGAGCUCCUACAGCUCGACAGGACGGUCAAUUUCAAUGAUUUCAUCAGGCCAGUGUGCCUGCCAACCUUAGAGAUCACAAGAAGUGGUUUCCGAGGUGCUCAGUUUGAGGUCGUAGGAUGGGGGUCAACCCGUGAAGCUGGUGCGGGUAGCACCACUCCUUUGGUAGCCAAUAUACCUCAUGUUGAGGGGGCGGUGUGUCAGGAGCAGUACAGGCAACGCCUCGCUCUACGUCCUGAACAGCAGAUUUGUGCCGGGACAACCGGGAUUGACUCUUGUCAGGGUGACAGCGGAGGACCUCUCCAGUACCUGAGCGAGUCAACAGGUCGUUACUACCUUGUGGGGGUAGUGUCCUUCGGUGUAGGAUGUGCCCGAACAGGCUUCCCUGGAGUUUACUCGAAGGUAGAAUAUUUCUUACCGUGGAUUCGCCAGAACGUCCAGACGUUCUGAAAUGUCUUGUCGCUCUCUAAUGUUCAAGCGCUCUAAAAUCUCGAACCGCUCUCGGAAUGUCCAUACGCUCUCAAAAGUUCUGACGCUGUAAAAUGUCUUGCCAUUCAUGAAUGUGCGUGCACAAAGCUUAAGAAAUUACCAAGUCUUUAAAUAUGAAAACAUUUUGAAAUGUACGGAUACUUUGAAACACUUGAAAAAUGCUGUUCUUAAUAUGCUGCCAUGCAAUGGUCACAGGUCUCUAAAACAACGAUUUGUAUUAAUCUGAAGCAUAAUUUAAAUGUUUUCUCAGCAAUCAAGUUUACAAAUUAUUAUUGAAUUAUAAUAAUUAUAAUAAUAUUAUUGUUAUUACAUAUUCUGAAGAGCAUGUGGUUAAUGGAUCAGUAAAUUUGAUCAGACGCCGUUCCGGCUUACGUUACCAAGAAAGGCAGAUACGCAUGAUGCAACGUAUGACAGUCACGGCUGUGCACCAUGCAUGACUAUUAAUUUUGUCAAUUUUAUUGAACUCAUUCAUCUGGCCACGGACUACGUAAUUGAUUUUAGGGGUUAGUGGUUUGGCGAGAGACUAGCAUGAAGUUCAUUGGGACAAAAUCCUUCAUCAGGACUAGGAAUCAUUCACACAGAAAAAUUAAUGCACCGACUUGUCCAUAUAUUGAUAAACUUACUUUCCCACAGAAAACAGCGGACUUGGCACAAACAUGUACAGUUGCCGUGACUAUAGCUGGGCCAGGAUAACCUACACUAGAGGUUAGAGCAAAAAGUGCAUCAUUGUUUGGAGAAAAGUCUCCAUAUUUUUCUUUUGAGUAUAAUAUCAAGGAGCCUGAUGCUCAAAAAUCGUUAAAUUUGAAUUUAAUUAGAAAAUGAGUUAAAUUAGAGUGAAGAACUGCACUUGAGCCUGCGAAGAGAGUGUAAUAUUGUUUCUAAUAAUUUUGCUAUGUAUCGACACGAAAACGUGUAAUCCUGAGUAAACAUUUACUAAAAUCAGGAAAAAUCGAAUUUUUUACGGUUGUUUCUUUGAAAUGGCAUUAAUUUUAUGGUCGCCUCCAUAAAUAAACUUACUUUUUUGUCAUACGCCCUACGGAAAAGGCGCAUCAU